UCUAGUGACCCGGAGACUUUCUACGAGUCUGUCCUGCUUCCAGGGGGACGUCCCCAGGUGGGUGUGGGGUCUGGAAGUGGGGGUAAUUUAGGGACGAGAAACCAGUUUGAGUUGCAGACGCAUGGAAGAGAUUGCAAUUCUGGAAAUUCGGGAAAGUUGCAAAGUUUCCGGAAUCAGUUGAGAGAUCAAGUGAGGCAGGAUGGCAUCAAUUUUUCGAGGAUCCCGGACGAAAUCGCUCUACGCGCUGUAGCGGCAAAAUACGCCAUGGAAUUCGGAUCCUCCGCCACGACGACGAAUAAUGGCGCCACGUCGAUCUACAACGGAGGUGGCGCCUCGUUUUCAUCCACGUCAACGGCAUCCUCCUCUUCGUCCGGAUAUCCGUCGUCAAUCGCCUCCCAGACGACAAACAAACCUGGCUUGACCAACUCGUCCUCAGCGUCGUCAUCUUCAUCUUCUGGGGCAGCGGGAGGUGGGCCGCCACCCCAGUCGACCACGUGGCUUCGGGAGGGGCUGCCUCUGCUCGAAUUUCAGCAACAAGUUCUUCAACAAUUGAGAGAAAUUUGGAUGGAGGAGAGGAGAAAGUUGGCACAAAAUGGGGGACAUUUUUUAAUGGGGGGAAGUUGUAGGAGUAAUAUUAGGCAAGGGAGUAGUCUGGGAGGUGGUAACAAUGGGGUCAACCCGUCAUGUUUGAGCUUUACUGGAAGGUCGGGAUCGGCACGGGAUAUUUUACAGGGUGGUGAAAGUUGUGGGAGAAAGUUGGGGGAAAGUAGUGUUUGGGACACGCCGAGAAGGUCGGGACGAAGUAGUGGUGGAGGUGCUGGUGGGAGACAACUUUAUACGCCGGGGGUUUAUCAGCCGUCGAGCUGUCUGCGAGACCGUGACGACAUUUAUGACUACGUUCCACCGAGAAGGAAACCCUCUCCGGAUGUCGAUGAUGAUGACGACGAGCGAAAUAACGACUCUCCAGGCGUCCAAUGUGCGGCAAGACUCGGUGGCGCUACGCAUUCCCGUUUUGAUCGCGGGGAUCGAUCCUCUUCGGGCCGACUACGCUCCAAUGACUGCGCUUUCGUACUCUCGCCGCGUCAUCGAGAAGCGACCACGCCCACGACGGGGGGCAGGUUCUCCACUUCGAGGGGACGCGGCUCCUCGUCUGCCGUCAAUUCUAAUUCUUCGACGUCUUCCUCCCACCCAAAUCAUGGCCAACCGCUGGCAUACUACACCAUUUCCGGUUCGUGUUCCUCCUCGACGGCAAAUCCGGCUCAGUCAGGGUCAAACAGUCAGUACGGGGUCGUCUCAGGAUUUCCACAUUAUCAGUAUCCACGUGGUUCUACAACCGAUGACACCGUAGGUUGCCGAACGUUGGUGAAUCUGCACAAGUUGGGGCGACGCCUCGGCCUCACGCGAUUCUUCAGAACUUUGCGCCUCCAAAAUGCCGACGGUUCUACGACCGAGACGACGAUGCGCCACUAUUUCAACUCCCCCACCACGUCGUCUGAUCGUGUCCUCUACGCCAUCACGCCCACGUCCGCGGAAACCUUGGCGCGGUUGCGACGCCUGCAGCCACAGCCGAAUCACAAUUCAGGCUUUCAAGCGGAUGAUGGAGAGGGACAGUUUCAACUGGAGAGAAUUAUCGGGUCACCAAGCGUUAGUAGCGAACCAAAUAGUUUGUACGAUCAAGAAAGUGGGGGUGGCUGUAAUGACAGUGCACAAUUCCUUUCCCUCCCAGUCAAUCAACAUAUGGAGACAAUCAAUAGACUGAAAUAUGAAUAUGAACAACGUAACCGUAAAAGAGAUGAUAAUUCGAGUGCAAAGGAACACAAAGUGCCCCGUUACGAAGAUGUCGACGUAAUUUCAGUCGAUCUGAACUAUGAACAAGAAGCUCAGGAACAAAAUUCUACUCGCUUUUCCACCGAAAAUAAAAAAGACAAGAAAACCAACAGUAGUGUCAGCUCAUUAGUGCGUAAUUUUAUUACCGUUGUUUUAUAACUGUUCAAUUAAAGGAUCCUGCGUACAGCAUGUGACCGAUUUUUGGAGGAUUUUAAUGUAAAGGAUGGAUAGUAUGUCUUGACGCCUUUAUUUAGUCGACCACAUCCUUUAUACAUGGUCCAAUAUAUGUAUUAAGAGAAUUUCGAAUAUCAAAAUUUAUCAGUAAUAAAAUAUGCAACUGGAAUUAUUAAAUUGUAAAAACAAAUGUCAAGUAAUAAAAAACUUACAAUUAUAAUAAAUGUUUGAAUCUGUAUGCGUGUGAUAAUGAAAUAAUUGGAGUCUAGGAUGUUACUGAAUGUCAAAUUUAAAUGAUUUCUGAAAAUUUAUUCAGAAAAUUUGAAAUUUUUUUAUUAACAAUUCCACCUAAUAAAGAAAACCAUCAUCACCAUGUUACACAAGGAAGUAUGUAUUUAGACAAGCCUGUAUUUAUUUAGAUACAUGUACACACGUGCUAAAUAUCUAUUUCAGAAUAACCACACAAACUUAUUCAAAGUUUAUUUUAUUCUUUAAUUCUUGAAUCGGAAGUUUUGUUUUGAUAAAAAUGAAAUUGUGAAAUAUUUAAUAAAAACUAUGCGCAAUUUAUACUAAUAAAA